UCUUUGAUUUCAUGGACCACUUUCGAUGAUCGCGUCUUAUUCGUUAUUUCCGUGGCGCACGUACACAGAGAACGCAAACGCACGUGCAUGUAUUUAUUCCCGUCACGAAUGGUCACCUCUGACAUUGAGAAAAAAUUGCUCUAAUCGUUUCUAAUCGUUAGCGCGGCUUUAAGCCAGCUUAAAUGGAAUAUCUUUAACUUGUCCGUUCUUUUUACGCUUUAUUGGGCGUCCUCUCUCUCUCUCUCUCUCUCCUUCUUUCGUUAUUUUUUGGUUCUCCAAAGAAAUAACAUCGAUUUACGAAAGGGUAGACUCGAAAUAAUUAGAGUAUUAGCGUGUAACGUUACUCUCGUGCAUUGUACUAAGGCCGGUUUCUCUUCCCAUGUCCGUUCUCGUACAAGGUGUCCCGUUAAAAUAGCCACACCCGUUAAUCCGUUCUACGGAAGAGGGAAAUCGAAAAUAAUGUUUCGAAGGAGAGGAAAAAAGAUCUCGCGAGAAUGUGUACGUAGCGUACGCGAGUCUAACGUAUUACAUAACUUUUCUCUCGGAGCAGUGCAACGUAAGAGCAAUAGGAUUUUACUAUCUCAUUACCGUCAACGAGGCUACGCACAUCCCCCGUCCACGUAAAAAAUUUUCAAUGCUUUCCUACGUUUACCUGUGAUUUUUCUUUUUUUUUCCCCUCCCUCAUCUCGGACUCACCUUCGAGCGAAAAAAGAAAGAAAAGGAGUAACAUGGUAGACGAUAUACCUCGGGCUCGUAUAUCUUUCGCGCCUGAAAGAAACGAGGAAUCUUUGUAACGGUACGCAUCCACUAUCUAUUAAAUGCUUACUGUGCGUUUUUUCACGACACACCUUCUUCGUUACUUCCUAUCUUGCAAUUAUUUUAGAUCUCGAAAAAUGGUCAUUUUCGUUCGAACUUUCGGGUAUCUCGAGACGAUCACCCGACGACGAUUAUAAACGAAGAGAGAUUAUAAAAUUUGUGAAGGAUAUAAGCUAUGAUAAAUUGUCGAACGUUAUGCGAAUAACUCGAGGAUAUAAUUAUAUAUCCGGUUGAUAAUUCGCGCGAUAAUUUCACUUUUGUCGGCAUUAAUGUCACAUAGCUUGCGAAAUAGUUCGAAGAAUCAUCGACGAAUCUGCAUACUCUAUCAUUUUAUAUAUUUUAUUAUCGUAUUAUGUUAUUUAUCUCUGAACUUUCUUAUUUACUCCAUCUCUUCUGAUCUUUUCGUUAUUAGUUCUCUCUCUCUCUCUCUCUCUCUCUCCCUUCUUAAUCACGGAGGAAGAUAAAAUAGUCUCCUCCGGAAGUUGUAGCAAAUCGAGCAAUCAGCGUGGAGCAAUCCUGGUAAUAGCAAGAGCUGCAAAUUAAUUUAACCCAUGGACGAGAAGGAAAUUUAGCUUCUUUUUCCGUUUUUCCAAGGAUACGAUCAAAUCUUAUCGCAGAAAUCCGUCCGAGAGAGACGAGAAAGAAAAGUUUUACUUUCGUCGGAAUAAAUAUUUCUAUGAAGCAUCUUGAUGGGAUUCGCUUGUACGGAUAAUCGAAUUUGUUCGUUGUUUCGAAAGGAUCGCGUCCAUGUUUAUAGAUUCGCAUAGAUGCGCAUAUAUUUAUAAUGUCGCUCCUAAUCGAAUUAAUUUGCGUAAUCCUACGUGAUCCUAUCGUCGUUGUCGUCAUGACAGGAUUAAGCAUAUCUGUAUACCAAGUGUGCGGAUAUAUACAUAUUCGCAGAUCCAAUUUAACUUCUUUAUCGUUAUCCGUUCGCAUUAGAACUCUGUUGAAUAUCGACCUCAUCGUAAAACAAUAAAAUAAAAGAAAAGAACGGCAAAAAAAGCAAUGAAAAGGAUCGUGCACGUUUACGCGGAGAUUAGUUCGUUUCGUUUCACGAUUCUUUUAAUGUCGCAUCGACGACGCUGAUAAUAAAGUGACUUUUUUCGCGUUACUAUUCGCGCUUGUUGCACGCGCGCACACAUACGGAUCGGUACGUGCGACCGAUGGCAAUGCGUUCCGUUGUGUAUAUACGUAUAUGUACAUCCGAUGUAAAUAUCAAUGGCCGAGGCAAAUGUUAUCGACGAAGUGUCAAGCUUCUCCGAUCGGCCUCCUAUCUAGAUACUCGAAAACGAUCGAGAUUCGCCACGACAGCUUUUCCACCGGCUUGUCCGGCUUAAAAUCCCCUCGAUAUCACGAUCCUUUUCUUGUUUUAUGUAUUUUUUCUCUUUUUUAAUUUUCUUUUUACUAUUAUUUUUCUCUCUCUCUCUCUUUUUAUUUUAUUAUUUUUCGACGCGUGACGCCUCGUCGCACACACGCGCAAAAAGCGAUAUCCGCGAGAGAGCUUACUCGACUCGGCCGAGAAAUUUCCAUUCCACUCUCCUAGUUUCCUAAUGCUUUUGCCACGUCUAGAUCGCUAUACGUUCUCAAGAACGAAGUUAUCGUAAGGGCACUAGUGGGUAGUAGCAUCCGUGCAACUUUGUUACUCGACCUCGAGAGACGAGAUGCGCCCUCAGCCUUUAUUCGAUGAUGCACCCUCUCGCUUUUAUUAGACUUGGUUCUUUUGUCGUCCGCGUCCUCGAAAGCGGCACGAAAUUCUCCUCUGGCACAUACGUACGUGUGUAUGGAUGCUGAAUAUUACGGCUUAUAUAUGGCAUUUGUUCUCUCUCUCUCUCUCUCUCUCUCUCUCUCUCUCUCUCUCUCUCUCUCUCUCUCUAUCUAUCUCUAUCUCUAUCUCUCGCUCACUCGCUCGACAUCGUUCCGACGUCGGUCCAGCUCGGUCGCGUCGUCCAAGAUGAAAAGCUUCGACCGCCGGUGGUCUUUUGUUGGCACCAGCUAUUUAACGUCUCCCCAUUUAUUUAACGCUCGAUUGGCGAUCCUUCGAAAUAUCGCGAAUUGAACGAAGCUUUUCUAUGUAAUACUCGACAGCGAUCGUGAUCUAUGGGCCGCGGACUUAAAAUUGGGUCGUCCGCGUUAUUUCGAACGGAUCGCCAAGGAUGUCUGCAAAAUUCGACUAUCGUGUCUCUCUCUUCGCGCGUUGCACGUGAUCGUGACGAUAUUUCGCCUGAAUGAACGACGAUAAACCGGCGAGAUGCAUCGUAGGGUGGGAUACAGCAACUACGAUGGCAAGAUCGCGGGCCUUUACGACCUGGAAGAGACUCUUGGUCGUGGACACUUUGCGGUGGUUAAGCUCGCUCGACAUGUCUUCACCGGAGAGAAGGUUGCAGUGAAGGUCAUAGACAAGAGCAAACUCGACGAGGUAUCUAGGGCGCAUCUUUUCCAAGAGGUGCGAUGCAUGAAACUGGUGCAACACCCGAACGUAGUGAGACUGUACGAGGUGAUAGAUACGCAGACGAAGCUGUACCUGAUCCUGGAGUUGGGCGAUGGCGGUGACCUUUACGACUACAUCAUGCGCCACGACAGUGGACUCAGCGAAGAGGUGGCCAGGACGUAUUUUCGACAGAUAGUCCGUGCUAUAUCCUACUGUCAUCGGCUGCACGUCGUUCACAGGGAUCUCAAGCCGGAGAACGUUGUCUUCUUUGAGAAACUUGGUACCGUCAAACUCACAGACUUCGGCUUUAGCAAUAGAUUUUGUCCUGGUCAAAAGCUCGAAACUUCCUGCGGUUCUUUGGCUUACUCGGCACCUGAAAUACUUCUUGGCGACAGCUACGACGCUCCUGCAGUUGAUGUCUGGUCGCUCGGAGUGAUACUGUAUAUGCUGGUGUGCGGACAAGCACCGUUUCAAGAGGCGAACGACAGCGAGACGUUGACCAUGAUCAUGGAUUGCAAGUAUUCCAUUCCAGCUCACGUCUCCGAAGAUUGCAAACGUUUGAUCGCUAGGAUGCUCGUUAGAGAGCCCGAAGGAAGAGCCUCUCUCGAAGAGAUAGCUGCUGAUACUUGGUUAGCUAUAGGAUUGGACACGGAUUCCGUGGAAGCGUUACCUCUAGUUUCUCGUCAACAAGUAUCCGACGAUCAUCAUAAUCUUAUUAUUACUAAAAUGGUUAACGGUAACAUCGCCACCAAGGAGGAAAUAUUAGAAGCGUUAGACAAGAACGAGUAUAAUCACAUAACGGCGACGUAUUUCCUGCUGGCCGAGAGAAAAUUGCGAGCUCAUAGACAGGAACAGGUGCAGAAGGCACGUCCCGAGAUACUCGAUGUUUCUCCCAGCAGACAAGAGGAGGCAACGGCGAAUCUGCACGUUAAUCAGAAUUUACUUGGUACGGUGAAUCAAUCGUUGCUGAGUGUUCCACGCACGCCUGGUGACGUACCUCAGAACGUACGUACGAGAAAGUGCAGCAUCGUGCAAGAGGAGGAAGACGAGGACGACGUUUCCUCGUGUUCCGGAAGAGAAGAACGCGGUAGCAACUCGGCCUUGAACUCGUUCAAUCGUCGUGGCUCUCGUUCGGAAGGGAAGCUCUCUCACAUCCUGCAAGAAAGGCUGGGACAACUCCCAGAGAAACAUCCUGGGCACAAAAUGGCUGGAGCCACGUCGCGGCUCGCGACCCAACAAGAUUGCUCGAGCGUCGCCGUUGUGCCCGAUCGAGAAGAAUCGAAGUCGUUGGUAAAGUCGUUCGCGAAGGACGCCAAUCGUCGUUCGAACGUAGCCGUCGUUGUCCAGCAAGACGACAACGUGGUAUUCGAGAAAGUAGUGGUACCUGGUGCGACGAAAGUAUCCUCGAUCUUCGAUGAAAGUUUAAAGUCUAAAUUUAGUACCUCGAUCGUUCAGUCGUCGGCUUGGUCGAAAAAGCCAGGCAGCGUCGAGAGUAGACCAAAAUCCGUGACGGAAUGUACGAGAUCUUUAGGGCCCGUUCCAGCGAACAAGUGGAGAAUGGGCGCGCAGCAUCGUUCAACGGGACACAGUUUGGAAACGUCCGCGAUGUCGCCGCCUGUCUCCAGACCGUCCGAUCUAGUUUCCACGACGACGAUCCUAACGGAAUCGUCGACGGUCUCGAUCCCUCUUCGUUCGAGCGCACACGACGAUCAUCAAUCCUCGAUGCCAAAAUAUAAGACGAUGCCAUCGCCCGGUAGUGCAGGUUCUAUGUCACCUCCGCAGCUGACGUUGAACGAGAUACUGGAGGACGGAGACGCGAUGCAGCCCUCGGCGGUGGGUUCGGGCGAGUCUACCAACAGCGCGUCCGCCGCCGCCAAGUGUCGGGUAGUAAGACGGACGGGAUACGAGCAGAGAAGGAGCAAGUUUCAUAAAACUAGGACGGCUUCGUGUUCGAGCUCGGACGCGAGCGACGACGACAGCGAGAGUAGGAAGAAGAGAGCGCAUAAGCUCGGCGCGACGACGGAGAAGCCUCUGCCACCCAGACGAGAUAGUCACGACGAUUCUAGCGAUUCUCAGGAUCCUGGAGGAAGCGGAGGUGGAGGUGGAGGAGGCGGAGGCGGAGGCGGCGGUAUCGGAAACGGAGAACACACGAGCGAAACGCCGUCGAGUACGACCGAUACCGGUCGUAACGACGGCGGUAGCACUACGAACACGACAACGAGCAAUACGACGGCCGGUGGAAGGCACAGAUCAACGGAAAAUCAAGUGGCCUUCGGUAGAAGACACCGAGCAGGUAGAAGAAGAGCCGGCGAGACGCGUUUGAGAGAAAGCCAGUCGUUGAAUCGAAUAACGGAGGUGCAAGAGGCCGAGGGCCCAUCGGCCUGUCACAAUCAUUCUCACGUAUCUCGCAACUCGACGAUCCUAAACGUCCAAAACGUUUCCACCUCGUCCUCCUCGAUAUCCCAAAGUAGCACCGGAUCUCACGGUAUCAGUCAACCGCUCUCGCACGCUGCUACGACCGUACAAAAAGCUAAGGGCUUUGGCGCUAGACUUUUGCAGGGUUGGUCCCUCGGCAAAUCUACUUUGUCGCAAGCUGUGAGCAGGCAGCAAGCGGAUAGCAAUUCCACUGCUAGAGAGAUCAACAGAACGGAUCAACGAACGAAGUGUCAGACUAUCGAGAGUUGUAACGACGACAGAAGAAAGGAUCUAAACGGUGGUCUGAUCAGUCAAACAGCUCCGAACGAGAAGGAAAAUCGUGGGAGCUCGGUGAACAGGAACGACUGCAAAAGUAGAAAAAUUCGUUUGCUCAGCCGUUACUUCGCGGUUCACAAGAAGCUUUGCGUACCUCUACCGGGUCUCUUUGGGAAGGGUCGGCUCUACAAGGCUCGUUCUUGCGGCAACAUCGCUCGCGAUCGUGUCAGUCCGCCUUCGCCAAAAUCGGUGCUACUAUGUGCCGCUUCGGACGACAAAUGGCGGGAACGUCAUCAGUGGUGCGACGCGAAGCAUCAGCAUCGUGGCAGCGACGGUGACAUCAAUCAAAAUCUUGGUCUUGCUCAUCUCGUGCAGGAAAGAGUAGUUGGUAAAGGCUGUACCGGUAUGCCAGCUGUAUGUCACAUUCAUUUGGGCGACGCCUCCAAAUGCUGUAGUCUUUGUUGAUGAACGCUCGAUCGAGACGAGCUAGAAAUUCCCAGUGUGAUUUUUUUUUAUUCUUCCUGACGCUAGGAUUUUAAUCUCAGGAGGAACUCGUUUGUUCGUACUAUCGCAUCCACGCUCCCACCCCCCCCACAUACACACACACACAAACAAACAAACAAAUCAUCGCGCGCGCGCGCGAAUUGGGCCUUUUUCUACAAGGACCCUUCGUCGUUGCUCCGACAUUCUUAAACACACUUUGUUCGAACGUUCCAGAAAUUUCUCGAAUGACGAAGAACGUAAGAUAUAUAUAUAUAUACAUAUACAAGCAUGUAUAUUUAUAUUUUUUCUCCCUCGUGGUGGUGACCCACGUAAAGUAAUGGCGAUUACGUUUACGACGCCAAACAUCUGUAUCCAAUCGUUCCUGUAUUAUCUUGAUACGCGAAUAUAGCCGAACGUUGCUGUUAGCGUUGAGAAGAGAAGGAUAAGAAAAAGAACAAAGAAAAAGAAAAGAAAUAAAGAUUAUCGAGCGUUUGUCGCGCUCGAUCCCUUCGUGGGAAGUGUAUCUAGUCCGUGUGAACAAGCCUGUAUUAAAUAUUGCAGAGUUUAUUAUUAUUAUUUUUAUUAUAUAUUAAAUAUUAUAUUAUAUUAUUAUAAUAAUAAUAAUUAUUAUUAUUAUUUGAUAUAGAUGAACAACGUGGAUAUUAACUCGUAUCGAGACGGCACGGUGUUCGAGAAUAAACGAAAACAAAAGAAGAAGAAAAAGAAAUGUUCGUAUAGCUUCGGUACGUUUUGAGUCUCGACAAUUCUCGAGGGUCUUCCUUCGUCUUUUCAUUUUAAACGUCUCACGUCCUAUCCCGUUACGCCUUCUUUCCCUAUUCCAUUUUCUCUUCUCCUUCUGUCGAGCUCGAAUCGCAAUCUAAAUUUUCCCUUCCUCCGUUUCCUCUUUUCCUCCGUUAUUUCGAGAGAAGAGAACCGAAUCGGAAUAGAUAAUGUUUUCUUAAGUAAAACAAGACCCCGAAUUAUAAAGUUGUCGUAUUAAAAGGAAAAGAAAGAAACAGAAAAACAUAAAUAUUAUAGAAAAAUACGUGCGUUAUGAUUAUUUCAGGCGAUGCUAUAACGACGUGCUCGAAAUUGAUUCUAUGUCCGUUUUAAUUUAAAAAAAAAACAAAUAAUAA